UAUACGCGUUUUGAUCUGAACCUUACGAAGGUUGGAUUCAUUAUUUGCUUUGAUCUUCAAGUCAGAUUUAUUUAAUUAACGCAAUUUAACGAUCAAACUUGUAUAAUCAGUGUGCAUUUAAAAUUAUACAAGAUAUGGCAAAUACAGUUUUACAAGUGUUUACCAAAGGUGUAUCUCCAUAUUUGAAAAUCCAUCUGGAACAUGUUAGGUAUGGGCAUCAUUUACGAGGAAAGCCACCAACUAUCGCUCUCAGUUUAAAGCAACGGCUUAAAUUAUUUGAAAAACUAGAGCAAACUAAAGUAAACAUAGGCUUUUCUGUGCCAAAAGUUUUGAUACAGGAAAAACAGGCUUGGAUAACUGAACGAAAAACCAAACGAUUUAAUAUUAAUUUUGAGAAAGAAGCAAAAAGCGGUAGAUUGUCAGUGAAUUUGGAAGAAGUAAGAAAGGUUUGGUUAAAAACGUGCAGUCCAUUUGACAUUCAUAGAAUUGCAAAUCACUAUGGCAUUUUUCAAGAUUUAUUUAGUAAUGCAUUUUUUUUACCAGUUAUGCCACUAGAAAUCAUUUACAGAAUAGAUGAUGAUACUGUAGUCAGAGUUCAUACAGGAAAUGUUAUAAAACCUAUGGAAGCAGGUGAAUUGCCAUAUGUCAAGUACAAAGCAGGAAGUAAUAGUUUAUGGACACUAAUAAUGUGUACACCAGAUGGGACCUUGGAAAACUCAAAUAAUGAAUAUUGUCAUUGGUUUAUAGGAAAUAUCCCAGAGGAUAGACUAGAAGAAGGAGAGCAAAUAGUAGAUUAUUUGAGGCCAAUUCCAGCUAGAGGGGUAGGUUAUUAUCGUUACAUAUUUAUCCUUUACAAACAAAAUCAACAUUUAGAUUACACAGAAUACAAGAAAAUUCAGCCUUGCCUACAGUUAAAAGAACGCAACUGGAGUUCAUUCGAAUUUUAUCGCAAACAUCAAGAUAAUCUUACACCAGCUGGCUUAGUAUUCUUUCAGAGUGAUUGGGAUCCUACAGUGAGAGAAUUUUACCACUCAGUAUUAGAUACAGAAGAGCCAAUAUUUCAGUAUGAAUUUCCAAAACCAUAUCUUAAACCACAGACAUGGUUUCCAUUACGACAACCAUUCAAUCUUUAUUUGGACAAGUACAAGGAUUCCAAAGAUGUAAUGAAAGAAUUUUUGUUAAGGAAAUUACGAACAGUACAUCCUUUUAGAGAGCCAAAGCCACCUAUCAAAUAUCCUAAUGCAUGUAGAAUCGAAGAUAGUGUACCUUCUUGGUUGAAAGUGGAAAUACGAAAGGAACGCUUGGGUUGGGGCCGAGUUAACGAUCUGAAAUAA